AUGAGUUAAAAUAAAGAAAAAGUUGAAUCAGAACUUUUUCAAAUGUAUUAAGAUGCUAUUGAUAUGUUGGAAGAUGAUUAAAUUAAAGAAGGUGUAUUAAUCCUUAAGAAAUUGAUGAAUCAUCCAUCCAUAAUUAAUUAAGAGGAUAAAAAGAUUCUCUAUGGAAUUUAUAUGUCUUUAGCUGAAAUAUUGGCACAAAGUGAAAAUGUUUCUGAAAAAUGUGAAGCCUUAAAUUAUUAUUAUUAAAGCUCUUUAAUAGUAGAAAAUUGCUGGUAAACUUACAGAAAGAUGUCUCUUUUAUUUCGUCAACUUGGAAUGAUGCCAAGAGCUUUAAAUUUAAAUUUAAAAGCGUAAUUUAACAUUAAAAUUUUAUAGUCUUUAAUAUUGUACAUCAUGUAUAUUAACAUAGCCUCUUCUAUAUUAAGCUUGUUGUAUUAGCUUUUUAAUGAAUAGUUGGGAUGAAUUUAAUCAAUACUUUAAAAUGAUGAAGGAUGAUACUAAUUUGAAAUCAUCUAUAAAAGAACUCUAAAAUUAUCAUUUAACUAAAUAGACAACACCAUUUGUUAAUAAUCUUUUGGAAGAAUAUAAUUAAAUUGAAUAAAAACUACAGUCCUUACCUGAAAAUUAAAUCUAUUAUCUACUCUAAGAACAACAAUUUGAAUAAGAGAUAUAUUUAGAUACAUAAAAUAUAAAAAGGUUUUUUAAAGAUAUCAAGUGUUUAUUAUAAAUUAAUCUUAAUUUUCGAAAGAAUCCAUCUAAUUAUAUAAUUUCAAGUACAAAAAUUGUUGUUACAUCAAAUUAAAAUAAAUAAAAAAAAUUAUAUGUUUCAAAAGAAUAAUCAAUUCAAACAUUUAAAUAAAUUGAAAAGUAGAAAUCAAAAUAAUCAUAAUAUUAAUAAUAAUAAUUUAAUUUAGAUUAAAUUAUUUAUAAUACAAAUAGUAAACUCAUUGAUCUUAUUAAAUCAAAUUAUAAUUGGGAUAUGGUUUCAUUUUCUAUUAUUAAUAACAAUACUAAAACUUAAAAUGAAUAAAAUGAAAAUUAAGGAUGUUCUAUUUCUAAAUUUUUAUCUGAACGAUUAAUUAAUUAAAGUUUUCUUACUGUUAUUGAACUUUUAAAGAAAUUAAUUAUUUUAAUUUUAAAAGAUUUUCUUUCUUAAAAAUUAACAAUUCAAAAUUUUAACUUUGUAUCCAAAGGAUUAAUUAAUUGUGUUGUUUGGGCUCAAUAUUGUACAAACAAAUUAGUUGAUGAUCCUUUUUUAAAAUUAUAAUUAUUAGAAAUUGCAUUUAAUGAAUUAAAAUCACGUUUUAAAGAAAAAAAACCAAAAUCUCCUGAAGAAUAAAAUAAAAUUAAGAAUUAUAUUCUAUUCAUUAAUAAUAUGAAAUUAGAAUUAUUAUAAACUGAUAUUUCUAGUAUUUUAACAAAUAAAAAUUAAAUUAAAGAAUAUUUGUAAAAGUAUUCUAUCAUAAUGGCAAAUAUUCAUAGUGAUAUUCAUUUCUUUUAACCUAAAUUAGCUAAACAUUUUACUAAUUAAUUAGAAAAUCCUAAAUUAAAAUAAGAAAUUAAUGAAAAAAUAAUGGCUUAUAAAAUAGAAUCUGAACUUAAAACCUCUAAGUAAGUUCUUUAGAUUAUAACAUAAUGGGAAGAGAGAGAAUAGAAAUUAGAGGAUAAUGAAAAAAUGAGGACAUAUAUUAAAUAGGUUAUUGAAUAUUUAAAAUCUAAUAAGAAUAAUAAUAUACUUAAAAGAUUGUCAAUCAUUUGUCUAAAUUAAUUUUAUUUUGCUUAUCAUUUAGAAGAUUUAAAAGAAAUAUAAAAAUUUGUCUAACCUUUAGUUUUAUAAAUUUUAGACAUUAAAAAUUAUGAUAUAGAUAUAGGAUUCAUUUUCCUCAAGUUUUCUUUCAUAUAUUCUUUGAUAGAAAUUGAUUCUAGUGAAAUCUUGGCUAAAUUUACUGAAAUAUUUCUAAAUUCAACAAAAAGCCUUAAUAAAUAUUUAAUUCUAUUAGAAAUACUUAAAAUAAAUCAUUUUAAAUUUAAUGAAUAUUUUACUUAUGUAAAUAUUGAUACUAUUUUAAUUGAAUUUAUUGAAAUAAAAAUAAUUUCUAAAUAAAAGUAUAAUUAAUUAGUUGAAUAUUUAAAAAAUAACAUAGAAGCUGAUUUAGAAUUAAAUUAUUAUUUACUCCAUUUACUAGAAUUAAAAAUUUAACACACACCCUAAUUUAUUGUUUAACCUAAUACACUUACUAUUGAAAUUGAUAAAUUUGAAACAAAAUUACCUUAACCAGAUUCUUUUUCUGAUGCAUCAGAAGAUGAAUUAGAAGAACCUUGCUAUUAUUCAAAUUAAUUCAAAAAUAUAGGAUUAGUUGAAAAUCAAAUAGAAUCUUCUUUUAGAAUAACAAAAAAGCUUUGCUAAUUUUCAAAUAAAACUGUAGAAUUUCUUAUUAAUCAUUCUGUUUAAAUUAAUGUUGGUGAUCCUAAAAUUAUUAAUCAUAUUAAAAGAUUUGCUAAGGAAUGUAUAAAAUGUGAAUUUGGAAUGAGUACAAAUGAAUUAAGUACUUAAUUAUAUUAAUUAUUAAUCUAAAAAUAUUAUCUCUAAGCUGAAUUUAAAAAAGAUUUAACAAAAAUAGAACUUUAAUUUUUGGGUUAUUAUUUGCCUCAUUGCAUCAAAAGUGCUUCAGAUUUCAAAUAAAUCAAUGAAUUUUUACUUAAUAAAGUCAAUCCAGCACUUAAUAAAUAAAAUGAAUAAGAAAUAAUAUAAUUCGUAGAGGAAUUAGAAUCAUAUAUAUUUGAUAAUAAUGAGAUAACAUAAAGUUUUUCGCUAAAGGAACAUUAUAAUAAGAUAAAGAAUUAAAAAAUUGAAAGUGAUUAUAAGACAAAUUUAUUCUAUUUGUUAUAAAAAGCUGAAUUGAUUCUUGAUGAAUAAUGCGAAUCAUCACAUUUUAAGAAUUUUCUUUUUGCUUUAGCAUAUAAGGAUUCUUUAUUUCUUUGGAAUGAAUUUUAUAUUACAUUAUUUGAUCAAGCUAGAAAUUAUUUGUCUUAAAAGAAAAAGUCAUAAAUCAAUUGGUUUAUUUGUUAAUAAAGAUUACAAUUAAUAAUUCAGAAUUACCCUGAUUUAAAUUCUUUAGAGGAAUAUUUUAUUAUUAUGGAUCUCUUACAAUUAUUAGAAUAAUAACAUUUAUACCAAACAACAAUAUCUUAAAUAAAAUUCAAUUAAAUUUAAGAAGGAUAUGAAAAAUUGUUUAUGAAAAAAUAAAUCAUUCCAACCAAAGUUUUUGAUAUAAAAAAUAAUUUUAGGUUAUUACAAUUAUAAGAAAAAGUAAUUAUGAGAUAAUAUUAUAAAAUUAAUAUAGAAAAUAUUACAUAAAAUUUGGAAAAUCUUUAAACACUCAUAUCAUUGAUUAAAUAAAUGAAUAAUCAUCAAAUCUAAUAUUAUCUUCAUUCAAAAGAAGGUGAAGUUGAAAUUGAAUAAGAUAUAUUAAUAUCAAUAUAUAAAUUUAUCAAGAGAUUUUUAAGACAUCAAUUGCAUAAUCAAUUAAAUUAAUUGAUAGAUAUCAUUAAGAUAAAACUUCCAAAUUUAUUAAAUUAAUCUUAAAGUUAGUUUUAAUUUUAAUUUGAACAUGAUAAAAAAUAAUUUAAAAUUUAAAAUAUUGAUGAAAUUUAAUUAGAAUAGGAAAGAAAUGCAAUAUAUUCAAAUUAAGAUGUUAAUCUAAUUUUAAACAAUAUAUUAGAGGGAUUUAUAAAAAAUAAAAAAAGAUUAAUUAAAAAAAAACCAUAAAGAUAUUUAAUUGAAUCUUUUUACUAUUCUACUCAUUUAUUAUUUCAUAGUAAUGCAUCAAUUGAUUAAGUAUUCAAUUCUAUUUAACCAGUUUAUUUACCAAACUCAAAAGACUUAAUUUAUUAUUAUAAAUCAAUUGAUAGAUACAAAUGUGAAAAAGAUGAAAUACUUAGUUAUUAUUACUUUCAUGAUCUUAAUUUUUCAUACUAAAAGUCUAAAAUAUUGAAAUUAAUCAUUAAAAUUUUAUUAAAACAAAAAAAAUACAAAGAAAUAGUAUCACUUUUAGAUAAGCUAAACAAAACAUAUGAUUUAAGAUUGUUUUAAGCUAUUAUUGGAUUAUUAACAGCAAUUAAAUAUAUUGAUGAAAAAAUCUUAAUAAGAGAUAUAAUCAUUAAAGUUGAAUUUUUAGGAAAAACUAAUGAAUUUCUAAAAGAUGAACAGAUUAUAGAAUUAUUAAAUGGAAUGUAUAUAAAAUUAUAUGAGAAAGAACAACAAGAAUAAAGUCUAAAUGAUUUUGAAAUUGAAAUAAGCUAAAUAAAAAUUGAAAAAGGAAAGAAAAUUAUUGAAGAUUUCAAAAUAAUAAAAAAGAAACCAACUAAAUUAAAAGAAAAUUAAUAAAUUUCUUAAUAAUAAUAAUCUUAAAUAUAGCAAUCCUAAAUUUAAAAUUAAUAAUAAUAAUUAUAUUAAUUAUCAAGUGAAUAAAUUAAUGAAGAAAUAGGCUAAUUUAAAACCUAAGAGGGAUCUCUUUCACCACUUAUUGAUUUAGAUAUUGUUUGA